AGGGGACACAGAUCAGCAAAACACGAGCACACCGAGCAAAAAAUACUGUCAUCAGAGAGAGAAAUCAUCAGUAAGGCGCCAGAGACAGAGAGGCGCACGAUGGUUUUUGCGGGGUUUCGAAGGGAUCACGGAAUCAGUGGGUAGGGAGGGAGAGUGGAGUGGAGUGCAGGGCAGGUGCAGUGGAGUGGAGUGGAGCGGCGCUGGGCUGCGUAGAAAGACGACGACGGCAAGCGAGCUGUUGCUGCUGGGGACAAGCUGGCUGCCGCCGAUUGCUGCCACGAACCACGAGCACCAGGGCAACUACCCUUGGAAUCCCUCCCUCUGCCCCAUCUCGUUGCCGAGCGACCCUAGCCCCCUCGCUCCGAGCGCCGAGCCCCCUGGCUCGUCUUCCUCCUCGCCCGAGCGCCUCCACCGCAGGUUGAUCUCCCCUUCGAUUCUCUCGCUCCCGACCGUUUCUCCUCCCAUCACAGCACGGUGCGGGACAGGAGGGAGGAGGCCGAGGCGAGGCCGGUGGGGUGACAUUGCUGUCGGUCAUCUCCACCGCCGCACACCCUCACUGCAAGCAUGUCGGCAGCGGAUCUGGUGGUGGCGGACGCAACAGCGAGGGAAUGGCAGCGGUUCAAGUUGAUUCCAAGGGUGUCGUGUGCUGGGAACCUGGACCUGGAUCCACUGCUUAAUGAAAAUUUAGAGCAAUGGCCACAUCUAAAUGAGUUGGUACAGUGCUAUAAGGCUGAUUUUGUUAAAGAUGACUGCAAAUACGGACGAUAUGAUAGUGUCGCACCACCGUCCUUUAGAAGUCAAAUUUUUGAGGGACCUGAUACCGACAUAGAAACAGAAUUGCAGCUUUGCAACGCUAGGCAUUCCAAGCCCGAGGAAACUACUGAAGAUGAUAUGCCAAGCACCUCAGGGAGGCAAAUAUAUGAGACUGAACCGUGUGCUUCAUCUUCAAACAAACCCUGUAGUCUCUCACCUUUACCGGCAUACGAACCUGCAUUUGAUUGGAACAACGAGAGAUCUUUGAUAUUUGGCCAACGGGUGACAGAAAGUCUCCCUGCAACACACAUCAGUGGAUUGAAGAUAACUGUGAAGGUGUUAUCUUUGUCAUUAGAAGCUGGAUUGGUAGAACCUUUUGGCGGUACAAUCUGCUUGUACAACAGAGAUAGAAGAGAAAAACUAUCUGAAGACUUCUGUUUCCGCAUACUUCCAACAGAAAUGCAAGAUGCUCAUAUUUCUUUGGACCGUUGGAGUGUUUUUUCGUUGGAUGCCCCUUCACCAUCAGUCUGCCUUCUGAUCCAGCUUGAAAAAGCUGCUACUGAAGAAGGGGGAGUAACUCCUUCCGUUUAUUCCCGCAAAGAACCCGUGCACUUGACUGAGAAAGAGAAGCAGAAGCUGCAAAUUUGGUCUCGAAUCAUUCCAUAUAAAGAGCCAUUUGCAUGGGCAAUGAUUCCUCUGUUUGAAAACAACCAUGCUGGUGGUGUGGGUGAUGCUGUGUCUCCUAGCAGCCCUUUAGCACCAAGUAUUUCAGGCUCAAGUUCUCAAGAUAGCAUCGUGGAGCCUACUUCCAAGCUCGCUUUGGAGGGAAAACUCAACCAUUAUUCAAGUGGAAGCUCGGUUAUUGUAGAUAUAUCAAACUUAAACAAAGUGAAGGAAAGCUACAUAGAGGACUCCCUCCAGGAUCCGAAACGGAAAGUACACAAACCAGUUAAAGGUGUACUGAGGCUAGAGGUGGAAAAACUUCAUAAUGACCGUAAUGAUACAGAUACCAUUUCUGAAGGCGGGAGCAUGAACAAUGAGUUGCAUGGUGCUGAACUCAACAAUGGCAGACAUCACAGGAAUAGCUUUGAUGGGGCCCACAGUUAUCUGAAUUCUAGUGCUGUUGUCCAGAAAAAUGCACGCCAGAAUGGUCAAAAUUCCAAUGCAGAGAAUGGUGACAAUUUUCAAGCUUUUGACUUUCGGAUGAUGACUCGAAGCGAACCAUUUUCUCAACUUUUCCAUUGCCUCUAUGUGUACCCAUUGACCGUCAGCUUGAGCCGCAAGAGAAAUCUAUUCGUAAGAGUAGAAUUGAGAAAGGAUGAUGCUGACAUCCGUAAACUUCCACUGGAGGCUAUUCAUCCAAGGGAUUGGAGUACAACGCUACAGAAGUUUGUCCAUACGCAGAUUUCUGUUGGCACGAGAAUGUCUUGCUUCCAUGAUGAAGUGAAGAUCAGUCUGCCUGCUCUAUUGACUCCCCAACAUCAUCUUCUGUUCACAUUCUUCCAUGUAGAUCUCCAAAUGAAACUUGAAGCCCCUAAACCAGUGAUUGUGGGAUAUGCCGCACUUCCACUGUCGACACACAUUCAGUUACUUUCAGAUGUAUCUUUGCCAAUUUUACGAGAGCUUGUUCCGCAUUACCUGCAGGAAAGUGGAAAGGAGAGAAUGGAAUACCUAGAGGAUGGAAAAGCUGUUUUCAGACUGCGGUUAAGACUUUGCUCUUCGUUGUUUCCAGUUAAUGAAAGGAUAAGAGACUUUUUUGUCGAGUAUGACCGCCACACACUACAUACAAGUCCACCUUGGGGCUCUGAGCUUCUUGAGGCCAUAAAUAGUUUGAAGAAUGUUGAAUCUACUGCAUUGUUACAAUUUCUUCACCCAAUACUCAACAUGCUGCUGCGUCUUAUUGGUGAUGGUGGUGAAACACUUCAGGUUGCUGCAUUUCGAGCCAUGGUUAAUAUUCUAACCCGGGUUCAACAGGAAUCAUCUGAUGGGGCUGAGAGAAAUAGGUUUCUUGUUAAUUAUGUUGAUUUUGCUUUUGAUGACUUUGGUGAUCGGCAAACACCUGUAUACCCUGGUUUAUCUACUGUUUGGGGUAGCCUAGCUCGGAGUAAGGCUAAAGGUUAUAGAGUUGGGCCCGUCUAUGAUGAUGUGUUGGCAAUGGCUUGGUUUUUUCUGGAGCUUAUUGUAAAAUCAAUGGGAUUGGAGCAAAGUCAUCUCUUCUACCACAAUCUUCCACAAGGUGAAGAUGUCCCACCGCUACAGUUGAAAGAAGGUGUAUUCAGAUGUAUCAUGCAGCUGUUUGAUUGCCUUUUAACUGAGGUUCAUGAACGCUGUAAAAAGGGUUUAAAUUUGGCAAAGCGCUUGAACAGCACUCUUGCUUUCUUUUGUUAUGAUCUUUUAUCAAUCAUCGAGCCACGCCAAGUUUUUGAGCUGGUGUCGUUGUAUAUGGACAAGUUUGCAGGGGUUUGUCAAUCAGUUCUCCAUGAUUGCAAAUUGACAUUCCUGCAGAUAAUAUGUGAUCACGAUCUUUUUGUUGAGAUGCCUGGCCGGGACCCCUCUGAUAGGAAUUAUCUCUCGUCUGUCCUUAUCCAGGAGAUCUUUCUCACCCUUGACCAUGAUGAUUUAUUACAGCGAGCAAAAGCGGCUCGUAUUUUGGUUGUCCUGAUAAGCAAGCAUGAAUUUGACACACGGUAUCAAAAAAGUGAAGACAGGCUGUACAUUGCUCAGCUGUAUUUCCCUCUUAUAGGACAGAUUCUAGAUGAGAUGCCUGUGUUCUAUAAUCUAAAUGCUGUUGAAAAGCGUGAAGUUCUAGUGCUCAUUUUGCAAAUCAUAAGGAACUUGGAUGACACAACUCUUCUAAAAGCGUGGCAACAGAGCAUUGCUAGAACCAGACUGUUCUUCAAGCUACUUGAAGAAUGUAUAACCCAUUUUGAGCACAGUAGAGCAGGAGAUAGUUUGCUGCUAGGCUCUAGUUCUCGGAGUCCUGAUGCUGAGCGCCCUGUGUCCCCCAAGUAUUCUGAUCGAUUAUCCCCAUCGGUUAACGCAUACUUGUCCGAUGCUUCACGCCAUGAAAUAAGGCUUCAGGGAACACCAGAAAAUGGAUACAUGUGGAACAGGGUUAUUCCUCAACUAAGUUCCCCAAAUCAACCCUAUUCAUUGAGGGAAGCACUUGCUCAAGCACAAUCUUCAAGAAUUGGAUCAACAGCCAGGGCAUUGAGAGAGUCUCUACAUCCAGUACUGAGACAGAAGUUGGAACUCUGGGAAGAAAAUCUUAGUACCGCUGUGAGCCUUGAAGUAUUGGGAAUAAUUGAGAAGUUUUCGGUUGCUGCAGCUUCUCGUAGCAUCUCUACUGAUUACACUAAGCUAGAUUGUGUGACAUCUAUCUUAAUGGGUCUUUUGUCUAGGAGCCAGCCCUUAACUUUUUGGGAAGCUUUUCUUCCUGUGGUCUAUAAUAUAUUCAGUCUUCAUGGUGCAACACUGAUGGCACGGGAGAAUGACCGCUUCUUGAAGCAAAUUGCUUUUCAUCUUUUACGACUUGCUGUAUUCCGAAAUGAUUCUGUUAGAAAAAGGGCCGUUGUUGGAUUGCAGAUCCUUGUUAGGAACUCAUUCAACUAUUUCAAGAGCACCACAAGGUUGAGGGUCAUGUUGACUAUUACUUUGUCAGAAUUGCUGUCUGAUGUGCAAGUAACUCAGAUGAAAUCUGAUGGUUCUCUUGAAGAAAGUGGUGAAGCUCGGCGUCUUAGAAAAUCACUAGAGGAAAUGGCUGAUGUCAGAAGUAAGGAUCAGUUGAACGAAUGUGGGCUCCCUGUUAAUGCACUGGAGGUGUCUGCUGAAGGUUCCACGGACAACAGGUGGUCUUGGGUAGAAGUUAAACAUCUAUCAAAAUGUCUAGUCCAGGCCCUUGAUGCUGGCCUUGAACAUGCCCUUUUGGGUUCUGUAACAACUCUGGACAGGUGUGCAGCUGCUGAGGGUUUCUAUAAGCUAGCAUUGGCCUAUGCACCUGUUCCCGAUCUUCAUAUUAUGUGGUUACUGCACCUAUGUGACGCCCACCAGGAGAUGCAAUCAUGGGCUGAAGCUGCGCAAUGUGCAGUUGCUGUAGCUGGUGUGAUCAUGCAGGCACUUGUUGGAAGGAAUGAUGCUGUGUGGAGCAGGGAGCAUGUUGCUUCCCUGUGUAGGAUCUGUCCUAUUGUCGGCACUGAUGUGGGUGCAGAAGUAUCUGCAGCAGAAGUGGAGGGAUAUGGUGCAUCCAAGCUUACUGUGGAUUCAGCUGUGAAGUAUCUUCAACUUGCCAACAAGCUCUUCGCACAGGCUGAACUAUACCAUUUUUGUGCUAGCAUUCAGGAACUCAUAAUUCCUGUGUACAAGAGCAGAAGGGCUUAUGGGCAACUGGCUAAGUGCCAUAAGUCGCUCACGAACAUCUAUGAGUCAAUUCUUGAGCAGGAGGCUAGCCCUAUUCCAUUCAUUGAUGCCACAUACUACAGAGUUGGAUUUUAUGGGGAUCGAUUUGGCAAGCUCAAUAAAAAGGAGUAUGUGUUUAGAGAGCCACGGGAUGUUCGUCUGGGUGACAUCAUGGAGAAGCUUAGUCACACCUAUGAGGCUAAGAUGGAUGGCAAUCAGAAUUUACACAUAAUUCCUGACUCGAGACAAGUCAAUGCCGAUGAGCUGCAACCUGGUGUCUGCUAUCUGCAGAUAACUGCUGUUGAUCCUGUAAUGGAGGACGAGGACUUGGAGAGUAGGAGGGAAAGGAUUUUCUCUUUAUCUACUGGCACUGUGCGUGCACGCGUGUUUGACCGUUUCCUUUUCGAUACACCAUUCACAAAGAAUGGGAAAACACAAGGUGGUCUCGAAUCUCAAUGGAAGAGACGCACGGUACUCCAAACAGAGGGCUCAUUUCCUGCUUUGGUAAAUCGCCUGCUAGUGAUCAAAUCUGAAUCUCUAGAAUUUUCGCCUGUUGAGAAUGCAAUUGGGAUGAUUGAAACAAGGACAGCUGCAUUGAGAAAUGAACUAGAAGAACCACGUAGUUCUGAAGGUGAUCAACUACCAAGACUUCAAAGCCUGCAAAGGAUACUCCAAGGAAGUGUAGCUGUUCAGGUCAACAGUGGUGUAUUAAGUGUUUGCACUGCUUUCUUAUCUGGAGAGCCUGCAACCAGGCUCAGAUCUCAAGAACUACAGCAGCUCAUCGCUGCACUGCUUGAAUUCAUGGCUGUUUGCAAGCGCGCGAUCCGUGUGCAUUUUAGAUUGAUAGGGGAAGAAGACCAGGAAUUCCACACGCAACUUGUCAACGGGUUUCAGUCGCUUACUGCUGAGCUUUCCCACUAUAUUCCUGCUAUACUUUCGGAGCUAUGACUGUAGCAAGCUGGCAAUUAGAUAGCAUGCGAUUGGUUGGUUGUUGUUUCAGUUUUGGCUCGUGUAUAGUUUGAAAACUAACCGUUCUUUGCAAUUGCGUCGUUGCUUACAAUACCGUAUUCGAUUUUGGGGUGUAAAGUAUGUGUAAUUCUUGGUGUUGUUUGUUGGGAGUGCUAGCAAAUUAGCGAUUAAAUCUAAGAGCGGGCGUUCUUAUUAUUAGUACUCCCUCCGUCUCAUAUUAA